UAACAGGCAAAUCAGCACACCCAAACCUAAUGAUAAGGUUUGCAAGAAGAAUCUGAAGGAGCUACUUGUGGUGAAGACAAGGGGGGAAAGGAUGGAAAACCUGCUAAGGAAGAAUAGCUCCAAAGUGACUUAUUUUGUCUUUUUGGGAUUCUCCAGUAGAUUUGAACUGCAAGUGUUGCUAUUUUGUGCCUUGCUGCUAGUUUAUCUCUUAACCGUGACUGGGAAUUCUAUCAUCAUUGCUGUCACAGUGGCAAACACCUCUCUUCAUACCCCUAUGUAUUUCUUUCUCCGGAUCCUGUCCAUCCUGGACAUCUGCUUCUCUUCAGUCGCCACCCCUGAGAUGCUGCUGAAUUUACUCAGUGAGGAGAGAAGAAUUUCCUACAUUGGAUGUGCUGCCCAGAUGUACUUCUUGAUUUUUCUAGGAGGUGCAGAGUGUAUGCUCUUAGCAGUCAUGGCAUAUGAUCGCUACCUAGCCAUAUGCAACCCACUCAGAUAUAUGUUUCUCAUGAAUCAGAGAGUGUGCCUAUUGCUCUCUUUGCUUUCUGUGGUUGGUGGAAAUCUAGUUUCUUUAGUGCAAACAAUGUGGGUGUUCACGUUGCCAUUCUGUGGUUCCAACAAGAUUGAUUAUUUCUUCUGUGAUAUCCCUCCACUGCUUAAGCUUUCUUGUACUGAUACUUCCAUAUAUGAGGUGCAGUUGUUGACAGCCACCAUUCUUGUUAUAUUCACCCCAUUUGUUCUCAUCCUUGUUUCCUAUAUCCUCAUUAUUUCUUCCAUUCUCAAGAUGACUUCAAAUGAGCACAAAUGGAAAACCUUUUCGACCUGCUCCUCACACCUCCUUGUGGUGAUAUUGUACUAUGGGACCAGCAGCUUGAUUUACAUAAAGCCACAAUACAUCUUCUCAGAAGACUCGGCCAAAAUGCUUGCGCUGACAUAUACAGCAUUCACACCCAUGUUGAACCCUGUAAUCUACAGUAUAAGGAACAAAGAGGUGCAAGGAGCCCUAAAGAAAAAGUUGGGUGAAUGGAAACCCCCAGUUUUCAGCACUGAUGGAAUUUAUGUCAUUUUAAUUAUGUCUCUUAGGACAGUUAAUUGUGUACUGUGA